UCGACGCGUUGAACUCGCUCCAGUUGAAUGUAACUUUUAAACUCCUUUUUAAGCAUUUAAACCCACCAGAAGUGAUGUUCUGAACGGAAACAAUCGGCUUAGUAUUCCAUUUCAUACUCAUCCCCACGGUCACAAAGCGAACCGUUCAGUGUGGAAAGCAAAGGAAAAUGAACCUUUACCACUACCUAAACUCGGUGCAGCGCGUUUGGAACGCCGGAGAGGGUCAAGCCUUGGCAAGGUUACUGUCUCUGUCCGAUCAUCAUGUCAACAACUCGACGCUGCACGUCGAAUAUCCGGAGUCGGCCGUCGACCGGCAGCUUGAACCCCCGCUGGAUGAAGUCGUCUCCUGCCACCUAAAAGUCCUAUUCUAUCUCACCAAGGAGCCUCGCAACUACAGCGAAGCGUACAAACAGCAAACGAACUGCAUCCAAGCCGUGGUCAAGAUGCUUCAGGUCAUGAAGGACGAAAAUUGGUUCCUUCCGAUCAUGUACACGGUUUCGAUCGAUCUCCGCCGGCUGGCGGCCAAAUGUGAAGAGCAGUUGAAAACGUCCAAGCCGGGGGAGAUCCUGGAAAAAGCGGCCGAGUGCUUGAUGGCUUGCUUUCGCGCUUGUGCGGCCGAUAAUCGGGCCACGGACGGGGAGACCAAGCGACUGGGUAUGCUGAAUUUAGUCAACCAGCUGUUCAAGGUGUACUUCCGGAUCAACAAGCUCAAUCUGUGCAAACCGUUGAUUCGGGCGAUUGAUAGUUCAAACUUCAAAGACUCCUUCAGUCUAGCUCAGAGGAUCACGUACAAGUACUUCGCCGGGAGGAAGGCCAUGUUCGAUUCCGACUACAAAAAUGCCGACGAGUAUUUGAGUUUUGCAUUCGAGAACUGUCCGAGGAAGUUUGCCAAAAACAAGCGACUCAUUUUGACCUACUUGGUGCCGGUGAAGAUGCUGCUGGGAUACAUGCCUCGGAAGGAGGUGCUGGAACGGUACAAUGUCCUGCAGUUUCACGAUCUGACCGUAGCCUUGAAGGAGGGCAACGUCCGCCGAUUCGACGAAGUCAUCCAGAAACACGAAGCAUUCUUCAUCAACGCCGGAAUCUACCUCAUUGUGGAGAAGUUGAAGAUUCUCGCCUACCGAAACCUUUUCAAGAAGGUGUAUUUGAUUCUGCAGACGCAUCAGAUCGAUUUGAAUGCAUUUUUGACGGCCCUGCAGUGGGUCGGAGAGGAAGAGUUGACGAUGGACGAGACGCACUGCAUUGUGGCCAAUUUGAUCUACGAGGGAAGGAUUAAGGGCUACAUUAGCCAUCAGCACAAUAAGCUGGUCGUUUCGAAGCAGAACCCGUUCCCGAAUGUUAUUGUAAAUUAGAAUUAGGCGGAUGAGAAUACACACUGACGAUAGGUAGGUA